AAAAGAUAUGUGCAAAAAGGUCGCGCAAGCUGCAAGGGUUGUUUUCACACGAGGUGUUGUUAUAAAUGCUGCCUGUUGAUAUUUUCAUUAUUGUUUUGGUGGUCAAAAGUGUAAGAAGUGAAAAUAAAUAUAACUGAAACUAUAAAUAUCUGGAUACGAAAUGACUUCAAGAAGAAACGAAUAUUUAUCAAGUGCAGCAUAUAGAAGGCUAACCGAGGAACAGCGAGAAUCAUAUAUACAAUCUUUAUUUGAUGAAAUUUGUGACGAUGACGCUCCCUAUGACUUUGACUCAGAAGAGGAAGAAUAAAUUCAAAUCAAUGACAUUGAAAUUGCUGAUGACGAUGCUGAAGUUUCGCAAAGUGCCGCAGAAGUAUUACCUGAUUAUGCGGACUAUAAGGAUGAUGAAGAAGACGAUGAAGAAGAAGAAGUAGAAGUAAAUAAUGAAUUACCUGCUAGUGCCGAAAAAUUUGUUGCACGUGAUGGUACUGAGUGGAUGAAAGAACCAAAUGUAAGUCGUCAGGUACUCAGACAAAAUAUUUUAAGAGAACGUUCUGGACCAGCUAGAUGCACUGAAAUGUUGUCAAUAGAGCAAACAUUCAAAUGUUUCAUGAACGUUGAAAUGGCUGAUAUAAUUAUGCGCCACAUAAAUAAGUUAGCAAAAGAAACUUAUAAUGCUUACAACAAUGCGCAUCCAAACACAACUCCUAAGCCAUGGACGCCUGUGUCAAUAAAAGAGCUGUAUGCUUUUUUUGACAUACUUAUUAUGACUGGUGCGAACCAUGGCAAUGGAGAACAUGUUCGAGAUUUAUGGAGCGUCAAAAACUAUCCUUUAUAUCGCGCCACAAUGGGAGUCAACCGUUCCUGUUCGAUAUUGCGGUUCCUAAGAUUUGACGAUAAAAACACUCGUACAACACGCUUACUAACUGAUAAAGCAGCACCGAUCAGUGAGUUGUGGACGAUGAUGAACAAUAAUCUUGCUGCACAUUACAAGCCCAGCUCAUGCUUGACGAUUGAUGAACAAUUAUUUCCUUACCGUGGACGCACACGGUUUACGCAGUACAUACCGUCAAAACCUGCUAAAUAUGGUGUCAAGGUUCGGUGGAUUUGCGAUGCCACAAAUGCAUAUCCACUGCAUGGACAAAUAUAUACUCGCCAAGCAGAAACUGGUAGGGAAACGAACCAAGGCGAACGUAUGGUGAAGGAUUUGUCUGCCAAAUACCAAGGAAGUGGCCGAAACAUUACAAUGGACAAUUUUUUUACGACCUUGCCAGUUGCAGACCUGCUUCUCACCUGGAAACUCACGAUCGUUGGAACUUUACGCAAAAACAAAUCAUAUAUUCCUCAAGAAAUGAAGCAGAACGAAAACAGGACAAUUGGUUCAACGACAUUUGGCUUCAAAAAUAAUGUGACAAUGUGCUCUUAUGUUCCCAAUAAAAAUAAAGCAGUAAUUUUGCUUUCGACCAUGCAUAAUGAUGCUGAAAUAGCCGACAGUGGGAAACCUGAAAUAAUUUAAUAUUAUAAUCGUACCAAAGGUGGUGUUGAUCGAAUGAACCAAAUGUUUGCGGAAUAUCCAACACAAAGAGGCUAACUUCGAAAACGUACUACUGCAAAGUUUUAAUGCGGUUUUACUACAGUAUUUAUACAUCAUCUGCAUGCAACGUCAAAUAACAUCGUAUUACUAUGCAUUGUAUAUUUUGACGUUUUACAACACUUUUACUGCAAAGUUUAUUUUCGCAAACAGCUGUUUUAGAAAUUUAAAUUCAACGAGCGCAAAAAUAUCACAAUGGAUAAAAAUAAAGUCAAGAGUGCAAUUAUAAACGUUGUUUUGCGUUUCUCUGAAAAUAAAUGCACAAAUAACAUUCAAAUUUUUCGUUAAAUAUUUAAAUCAAAAUAUAAAUAAUUUCAAAUAUAGUAAUGUCAAAAAGCACAUUGGAAGAAAGGUGCCUAAAAAUUCGGGGUUCUGGAAAACUAUUGCGUUGAAACUUUGAAAAGCAUCAAGUUUCUUAGUGAUGCACGAUUUUAUGUAUCACUGCGCAUCGACUACCGAGUUAAUGCGUUUCAAAAUAUGAUGUACUGUAAUAAAGACUGCGGAUGCUUUAUCGAACUUCGAACUUUGUUCGUAUGCAAAGCAAUUGACGUUUUCGAAGUCAGCCAGACAAACAAAACGAUGGCUACUAGCGAUGUUCUUCAACAUGUUGGACAUUACAGCUCUUGCAGCCUACAUUGUCUACGAUUUGAAUAACCCUAUGUUGCCUUGGAGAAGAAACAACAAGCGUAAGCAGAUCCUGCGCAGCUUGGCUGAAGCAUUGUGUAUGCCCAUUGUUGAAGCCAGAGCCAUAAAUCGUCAAGUGACGCGAAAUUUUUCGACUAAAAUUGCUAUUGAAGCAUAUUUCAACCGACCGGUGGAAUCAAUGGUGUCAACAGCAGCAUCAAAAUCUGCCACAGCACUCACGCCAAAACCUGUGUCUGGAUCUUGCUAUUUAUGUUAUGCACAAGAGGAAAAACGCCGUAGAAAAACCAGAAAGGUGUGCGCCAAAUGUAAGAAGCCAAUGUGUCUUGAACAUUCGGUCACAUCAACAAAUUGCUCUAUUUGCCAUGAUUUUCCUUAGAUAUAAGAUGCAUUUUUAUGAUUUUUGUAAUAAAAGUCAAUAAUAUAAUGUGU